AGUUCCGAACCGGUUCACCUUGCAGUUUUACGCAACACUUCAGAAAAGUCUGUCCUUGAUCUAAUUUCUCUCCCCAAAAUAAGCCGUUUUAACGAUGUCUGCGGGAGAGGGCGGCUCGCAGGCCAAGGGUGGGUCCUUUGUGACCGACUGGAAGAACGAGAAGGAAGUAGAGGCGUACUUGGGGAACCUGGAAACGGAGUUUGGGUUUCAGUGCUACCACGAGAAACUCCACGAUGGUUGUCACCGGCUGGCCAACUUCUAUGAGCAGAUCAGGAAGGACUACACGGCGGCAGCCAAGGUUCUCAAGUCUAACUGUGAGAACAACCAGUUUGCUGAGUCCUGCUUCAAACUGGGGACCUACCAUUUAGUCGGCAGGGGCCAGGUGGAGAAAAGUCCCCAGGAAGCUUUCCGACUGUUCAACAAGUCGUGUGACAUGAAGUUCAGCAGUGGCUGUCACAACAUGGGGCUGAUGUACCAGAGCGGGGUGGCCGUGGAGAAAAAGGACUUCCCCAAAGCCGCAGAGUUCUACAAACAAGGCUGCGCACUCAACAAUCCUGAUAGCUGCUUCAGGCUGGGGACACUGUACCUACAGGGGGUUGACGGGAUAGAUAGGGAUUUCGGGAAAGCAUUGGAGUAUUCUCUGAAGAGUUGUGAGAUGGGACACAUGUUGGGGUGUGCGAACGUGGGACACAUGUAUCACACUGGGGACGCUGGGGAAAAGAACCCGGAACUCGCCGAGAAGUACAAGAAGAGGGCGAAAGACAUGCAGACGGAGAUUAAGAAGAUUAAAAAGCAGCUUAAAUUCGGAGAAUGACAGAUUAAGGCAUUAGGUCAGUUGUGUAUUGGUUUAUGUAGUUUUUGAGGAAUUUAUAUGAUUAAAGCUAGAAGAUACUCAGGAACAACACUAAAAUCUGGUGCUAUAAUAUUUUUUGCAAUGUCUGUACUAUAGUAAGCUUAUGUUGUAAAAUUUGAUAUAGUCUUUAGAGAGG